CUAUCAACAUGACUGUCAAUGGCGGCUGAACAAAUACUUUAAUCAAACUCUGAUUUUUUUUUUCCAUUAAAAAUUUUUUGGUGAGCCGCCGGGGUCUAUAAAGCUAGAAUAUGCGAAGUUCAAAAUAGCAUGCGGUUCUAUCCGAGCUAUCCGCAGCCAUGUCUAUGAUGAAGAAGUUGAAGGCGAUGAUGAUUUUGGUGACGGUGGUGAUAUCGGCGGUUCAAGUGACAGGUGAAGAUACAAGCUUCAUCUUUAACAAUGGCUUCCAAUCAGCUAAUUUAACCAUGGAUGGUAUUUCUGAGAUCACCCCCAAUGGCUUACUUCGACUCACCAACGAAACCAGGCAGGAAAAAGGUCAUGCUUUUUAUCCCAAUCCAAUAACUUUCAAUGACUCUUCUUGUUUCUCUACCUCUUUUGUUUUCGCCAUUAGAUCUGAGUACAAAACUCUGAGUGGUCAUGGAAUCGCUUUUCUAAUCUCCCCUGCAAAAGCACUUCCAGGUGCUCGACCCAGUCAGUACCUAGGUCUCUUCAAUGAAACCAAUAAUGGCAACCGUACAAAUCAUGUUUUUGCCGUGGAACUUGACACCAUCCUGAGCAGCGAGUUUGAUGAUAUCAAUGAUAACCAUCUCGGAAUCGACAUUAAUGGCUUGAAGUCAGCCAAUUCUUCUCCUGCAGGAUAUUAUCUCAACAGGUCUCACUUUCAGAAUUUGAGUCUCAUUAGUGGCCUUCCAAUGCAGGUGUGGGUGGACUAUGACGUAGGAAAGAAGCAAAUUAGUGUCACCCUAGCUCCCAUCAACGUUGACAAACCCAAAACUCCAUUGUUAACAUCAUACCAGGAUCUUUCUCAAAUUAUAAACAAUACUAGUUAUGUCGGAUUCUCAUCCUCCACAGGGUCUGUUUUAACUUCUCAUUAUGUUCUUGGUUGGAGCUUCAAGCUCAAUGGGAUGGCUCAAAACCUAGUUAUCUCUAAACUCCCAAAGCUACCACGACUUGGUGGAAGAAAAAAGUCUAUGAUUUUGCUAAUCGGGUUACCUUUGCUUUCACUCUGUAUAAUCUUUAUUGCGAUUCUAUCUGGUUUUUAUUACAUAAGUAGGAAAAGGAAAUUUUCAGAGAUUCAAGAAGAGUGGGAGCAAGACUAUGGUGCUCAAAGGUUCAAAUACAAAGAUCUGUACGUGGCCACAAAGGGAUUCAAAGACAGAGAGCUUCUGGGAAGUGGUGGAUUUGGUAGAGUCUACAAAGGAAUAAUGCCAAUUUCAAAAGUUGAGGUUGCUGUGAAGAAAGUUUCACAUGAAUCUCGACAAGGCAUGAGGGAAUUUGUAGCUGAAGUCGUUAGUAUUGGUCGUCUUCGCCACCGAAACCUCGUACCUCUUUUGGGAUACUGUAGGCGAAAAGGAGAGCUUCUUUUGGUCUAUGAUUUCAUGCAAAAUGGAAGCUUAGAUAAAUAUCUCCAUAACCAGCCUAGAGUGACACUAAACUGGACACAAAGAUUCAGAAUCAUCAAAGGAGUUGCUUCAGGAUUGUGCUACCUACACGAAGAAUGUGAAAAAGUGGUGGUCCAUAGAGACAUAAAAGCAAGCAAUGUCCUCCUAGAUUCAGAAUUGAAUGGGAGAUUAGGAGAUUUCGGUCUUGCAAGAUUAUACGACCAUGGCAGUGAUCCUCAAACUACACAUGUGGUUGGAACAGUGGGUUAUCUAGCACCAGAGCAGACAAGAACUGGGAAAGCGACGACAAGGUCCGAUGUGUUUGCCUUUGGUGCAUUUUUGCUGGAGGUUGCGUGUGGAAGAAGGCCCAUAGAGCAAAUAAAUGAAGAAGAGAGUGUCAUAUUAGCAGAUUGGGUUUAUGAGUUAUGGAACAGGGGUGAGAUUAUUAUGGCAAAGGAUCAAAAUUUGGGAGUGGAGUAUUGUGUAGAAGAGGUGGAGUUAGUGUUGAAACUUGGACUUGUGUGUUCAGAUUCGAAUCCUCUGAGUAGGCCAACCAUGCGUCAAGUUGUGCAGUAUCUAAAUUGGGAGGUUCCUUUACCUGAUUUAUCAUCACUAAGCUUAUGUUCUGCUUCUCCAGGCCUAUCAUUUGGGCGUCAUCAAGCAUUUCUUCAGUCUACUAUGUCCUUUCCAUCUUUCGUUGAUCAGUCUCUCUCUCACAGUUCUUCAGUAGCUGAGUCGCUUCUCUCUGAAGGUCGUUGAUCUUCAGGCUACUGUAUUUUGUAUUAAAGCUUCUGAUUUCAGUUGAAUUCUCAUGGACCAAGGCUUGUUGGCGCCAAGGUGUUACUGUUAAUGUUGUCACAAAAAUGUUUAGAUUAAACUGUGCUGUUGGCAAAGAAUUUUCACUAGCAACUAAAAGCUUUUUUUUUUUUUUUUGAGUAA